AUGACGAACUGCAUCUGGCUGCUGGCCCUUGUGGUCGCGAUCAAUGCCCGCUCGCUGCACGUGCCGCAUGGAUACGGUGGUGGCUUGCCACCGCCGCCGCCGCCUCCACCUCAUCUGUUGCCCAAUCCCUACUAUGCACAGCCGUACGGCUAUCCGCCUGCGCCGGCCUAUGGCUAUGGCUAUCAGCCGCAGCCGCUCCUCUACAGUCCGCCCGGCAGCUACUAUGACAGCAUGUACGGCAUACGCAAGCCCUUGCCCGGCGGUGGCAAUCCCGUAGCUGUGGACUAUAACAAUCGCUGCUCGAGGAAUUACGUGGGCAUCAAGCCGCAUCCGGAUCAGCAGCAAUACUAUUAUGUCUGUCGGCCCAACUGUGUCAUCUUUAGCAAAUGCCCCAACCUGGAGAAAUUCAGCUCAAGUACAGGUCGUUGCGUCGAGCGCGUGCAUCCCGAUUAUCCGCCCAUUUGCCGGAAGGAGGGUCGCUUCCCCUACCACCACGACUGCAAGAUCUAUUACAAGUGCGACGAGCGUUUGAUGCCACAUUUGUACAGCUGCCCCUCUGGCACCAUAUUUUCACCACUGGCGAGCAAAUGCAUACCCGGCGAUGAGUGUCCUUCGACGGAGAUCUCCAACAGCGGCAGCUAUAUACCAGAGAACUGUGAGCUCAAGUUUCCCGAGUGCACAGCUGAGGGCACCUUUAGAUCUCCCAAGGACUGUGCAUUGUACUACACCUGCAAGCUGCAGGCCAGCGGAAACUAUUUGCAAACGCGUUUCAAAUGUCCUGGCAGCAACAGCUUCGAUCAGAAACGCAAAAUUUGCCGACCACAUCGUGAAGUCGACUGCCACGCCUACCAGCCCAUCGCAGACAUUGGACCCUACGCACCAAUGACUCCCUACUAUCCGUAUGUCUCCGAGGCGGACUUUGACACAGCGCCAGAGGAAAAGGUACCACAGCAGCCAGAAGCCGGCGCUUUGUCCACGGAAUCUAAAGUGGGCAACAUUCGGGAGCCUGAAGAAACCGUUGUUGUUAUUCUGCCCAAGACGACAACAACAACAACAACCGUUGCGACUCCUCCUAAAUAUCAAGACUAUCCGUCUUAUCCUUCGUAUCCUUCUUACCCCUCGUAUCUCUCCUACCCCAACUAUAACUAUGGCGACCCGCAUUUCGACUCCGAAGCGCUGGUCAAGGAAAACCUAGAGCUGGAAUCACCGGUAAAUAUAGUUAUUAUACCAACAACUCCGAAAUAUUCAUAUAAUAAGCACACCUAUUCCGCCUAUCAGUCAACCGGUUCUUCCGAAGCUCCGACCACAACUCCGAGCCCAACUCGUACACACACAAGUACAAAAGCCCCGACGGUGGCACAUGAACCUGCCUUCAAAAGUAUGAUUCAGAAAAAAAUUGUUAUACUGCCAACGAAAUGCCCAACCAACGAGAAAUCGACCACUGAGGAACCUAUUACCACCAGCACAAAGACAACUGCAACUCCCAAGUCAACAACAACAAACAAUCCCACAACAACCGCAAAACCAACAACUAACACUCCGAAGCCUACAACAUCUACAGCUAGACCAACAACAACUUCACCCAAGCCAACAACAGCCAGUACUCCCACAACUCCGAAACUAACCAAUACAACUCCUAAACAAACAACUAGCACAAGGACAACAACUCCGAAAGUAACUACUACAACUCGUCAACCUACAACAAAAAGCACACCAAAAGUAACAACUGCUAGACCAACUACAACAACUUCGCAGCCAACAACAACUAGAGCUCCAACAACUCUGAUAACAACUAUUUCAACUGAACCAACAACAACCAAAAUAACUACAAGACCAACUACGAUAACAACUUCUAAGCUGACAACAGCUAGCAAGGCAACAUCGACAUCAAAACGUUCCACUUUAACUCCUAAGCCAACAGCAACUAGCAAUCCCACAACAACUGGGAAACCAAUAACUACGACUGCAAAGCCUACAACUUCUACAGCAACAACGGGUAGACCAACAACACCCAAGCCAACAACAACUAGUACUACCAAACCAACCACAUCUGGCACACAUUCAACAACAUUUAAACCAACAAGUUCAACUUCCAAGCCAACAACAACUAGCGCUCCGACAACAACAUCAAGCACCCCCACGACUUCGAAGCCAACCGCAACCCCCAAGCCGACAACAACUAGCAGUGCGACAGCCACCUCUAAGCCAACCCCCACAACUCCCAAACCAACAUCUGGCAACCCCACGACUCUGAAACCAAUCACUACAACUCCCAAGCCAACAACUACCGGGCAAACGGCUACAAGCACUCCAGCAACUCCUAAAUCAACAACAGGCAGUCCCACAACGACUCCUAAGCCAAUAACUACAACUCCUAAAUCAACAUCUGGCACCCCCACGACUCUGAAACCAAUUACUACAACUCCUAAACCAACAUCUGGAAACCCCACGACUCCGAAACCAACCACUACAACUCCUAAACCAAAAACAACUGCCGGACAAACGGCCACAAGCACUCCAGCAACUCCUAAAUCAACAACAGGCAGUCCCACAACGACUCCUAAGCCAAUAACUACAACUCCUAAACCAACAGCUGGCACCCCCACGACUCUGAAACCAAUUACUACAACUCCUAAACCAGCAUCUGGCACCCCCACGACUUCGAAGCCAACCUCAACCUCAAAACCAACGACAAUUAGCGGUCCGACAACAACUACCCUUAAGCCAACAACUACUGUUACAGUUGUGCCAACCUCUGGCACCUCCACGACUCCGAAACCAGCCACUUCAACUCCUAAGCCAACCACUGUGACAUCCACAACUACGCUGCAACCAAGCACUACCCCUAAGCCGACAUCAGCUAGUGCUCCGACAACAGCAACCCCAAAGCCAGCAACAACUGCUGGGCAAACGGCCACAAGCCCUCCUACAACAUUAACAACUCCUAAACAAACCUCUGGCGCGCCCACGACUCUGAAACCAGCCACUACGACUCCUAAACCAACCACUGUGACAACCCCAACCACUCCGAAGCCAAACACAACCCCCAAGCCGACAACAAUUAGCAUUCCGACAACAGCAACCCCUAAGCCAACAACAACUGCCGGACAAACGGCAACAAGCACUCCAACAACAUCAACAACUCCUAAACCAACAACUAAUAGCCCCACAACGACUGCGAAACCAGCCACUACAACUCAAAAGCCAUCCUCUGCCAUCCCCACGACUCCAAGACCAACCACCACAACUCCUACAUCUUCCUCUGACACCCCCACAACUCCGAAACCAAUCACUACAACUACUAAACCAACAUCAGGCACCUCCACGACUCCAAAACCAGCCACUACAACUUUUAAACCAGCUUCUGACACCCCCACAACUCCGAAACAAGUAACUUCAACUCCCAAACCAACCUCUGCUACCCCCACGACUCCGAGACCAACCACCACAACUCCUAAAGUAUCCUCUGAACCCCCUACAACUCCGAAACCAGUCACUACAACUCCUAAACCAACAUCUGGCACCUCCACAACUCCGAAACCAGCCACGACAACACCUAAGCCGACCUCUGGCACGUCUUCGUCUCCGAAACCAGACACUACAACUCCCAAGUCAACAACAAUUAGCACUGCAAGUUCUACAACAACUCGGAGACCAACCACCACAACUCCGAAACCAACAGCUUCGAUAGCGACAACAGCAAAACCAACCACCCAGCCGCCAACACCAAGCACAACGACAACUUCCGGCCAGGACACCACCGUGGCAACUGCAACCAGCACCAAGGUGCCACCUUGUGCGACUGAAGUUUCCAGCGAGAUUAGCCUCGAUUAUAUGAACGAUGAGGCCGUGCCGGAAGUGGAAGGGCAUGUUGAUAGCACCACAGCCAAAUGGACAACGGAGCGACCACUAAAGAAACCGUCUACAAUGUCUAGCUUGGCCGCGGCACAUAUACUCCAAAAGCUAUUCAAGGUGAUAUCUACAACAACCGCAGCGCCAAUAACCAGAGUCACGUUUGCACAGAUGGCCAGGCAUAAUCUGGCCACAUCCAAGCCAUUCAUAGCCGAGUCGCUGAGGCAGUCCAUCAAGCAGCUGGCGGCGAACAAAAGCGAACCAACAAAGCCAACAAAUACCAGCAAAGAUACCGAAGAUUCCGAGUACUACGAUAGCGAAUAUGAUACGGAUGAGCUGGAGAAUGUGCUCGAUAAAGAUAAUCUCAAGAAUACCAAGCUACCUGUUGCCAAGACGCCAACAAUCGCAACAACAACGACUACGAUGUCGACAACUGGCACAAGAUCAGUUGAGAGCACAACCAGAGCCAUGCCCAUCCGCACAAAUGCUGUCAUGGAUCUGCUGGAAACCAGCUCUAGCGUGCCUGUACCGGCCAUAGUCAAUGCCAGCAUCUCCAAGGCAAAUCUGACUGGCGAUGCUGACUACUCCGACAACUAUGUGGAUUCGGACUAUGCCAAUGAUGAGCCCGUCCCUGAGCUAGAUUUGAAUGCCCACAAGAACACGCUAAUUCAACUGCUCAAGCAAAAGCUAAUCUUGGCAAGCACUACCGCUGCGCCCAGCAGCAGCACGACAGCCAGCUCCAGAGUUCCCGACUUGGCCAGCGAAAAGCCCGCUGCGGCUAAUGAAAUUCCAGGUACGACCAGAGACGUAAGUGCGCCAAAGAGCUUAUUGAUGAGUCUGCUGAGGCAGAAGCUAAGCCGCAUGGCGCUGGUCAAAAAGGCCACAGAGCAAAUGGCAACAAGCACCACCUCAGCACCCGACACGCAGAGCACAGCGCGGAUCACAACGACCAGCAGCUCGAAUGCAAACGGUAGCAGCAACUCGGAAUACUAUGAUGAUGAGGAUUACGACUAUGUUAACGAUGCGGAGGGCACGGCAGCAGCAAUUAAUCAGGAUGCACUUAGCACAGCAACAGCCAAGCGGCACUCCAUACACCCAUCGCUUAGUUUGCACGCACAGAAGCCGGGCCAAGCGUCGCCACAGGUAAGCGGCGACGGGUUAACGAGCGAGGCCAAGACGCCACAAGUAGAAAGAUUUGCAUCCAAGACACAAAGUGUCCCGCUGCCGAAAGCCGCAUUUCUUAGGCAAUCGGCCAAUGAGGUUAGCGAAAGCAGCACACAGUCAACAGCAGCUGCAGCAGCCACACGCCAAGAGAUCCUCACGGUGAACAAAAAGCCGUGGCUGCUGCAAGCCCAGAAUCAAAGUGUACACCUAGCGCCGCUACAAAUGGCCAGCCAUAACCCAGUGACUCAUACGAAUCGUUCAUUAUUAGAGUAUACGACAGACGACACAGACACGGAAAAGGUGCCCGAACUCAUACUGAAGGUAUAUGAGCCCAUCGAUGUGAAGGUCGUCUUCUGUCCCCGAAAUUGCGAUGAACAACACGAUCAUAAAUAUGACCCAGCUGAUAAUUAUAAGUCGAAUUGUACGAGCGGUUGUGAUACGCCCAAUCCUAAAACCAAUCACAGCGUAGAUUUAUGGUGGAAGCCGCUUAAGCUCAGCGACACGGCUGGUUUCCAGACAAUAACGUAG